GAUUAGAAUUCAAAAGCAUUCUGCAAGCAGAGACUUUCCACAAGUAGUGAAGUGUGGUGAUUGGAGGGACUUUGGCCGUCUUGCUGGAGGAAGAGCAUCUCAAGGACAAGAAGAACACAACCAAGCAAAAGAAUAAUAGAGAGAAUAGAUGGGGGUGCAUGGCUGCAGUAACACUGGCGAGCUCGAUGACGCGAAAUUCAGUGAGCCGUUGCCAUGGAUCGGCCUCUACAUAGCUGGAGCUUCACUGGUGUGCUCACUUGCCAUGGCAAUCGACACCUUUUAUGGGUUCCGUCAACGGAAGCCCUGGUUCCCUUGCAAGUUCUUCUCGCUUAAUGCUACUUCCUUGACCCUCUUAUCCAUCGCCACAAAACUGCCCUUGGAUCUGAACACAUCCAUGCCACGCCGUCAAGAUCAGCUGACCAAGCUCAGCGGAACCAUCCUGAUUUGUACCGCAAUGGGCAACUUCAUGACCUCUCUAGGAACUAUGAAGGACUCCGAAAUGCUCUCAAACAUUGUCGCCUUGGCUAUUCUCGUGAUCACCAUGGUUGUUAACAUCGGUAUUCAAAUGGGUACUGGUGUGAUCUAUGCUUUCUUACCCGAGCAUGCCGUAAUCAUGUUUUUCAUCAUCGUUUUGCUCAUUAUCUUCGCCUUUUCCGGUUUAACAAUUCCAAAAGCCAAGCAGUUGCUGGAACAACAGUAUGAUAAAAAGCAUGAACUGGCUUCUGAUGAAGGAGCAGACAACACUGAGGUGUUGAGCGUUGAUAAAUUGAAAGAGGCUGUAAACAAGUAUUGGAUGAUGGCCCAUACUUGUAGUCCUCAGUACGUUCUGGGACGCUCACCCACUUGCACUGCCUCGGGAGCUUUCUGCCUCCUCAGUGCACUGAUUUUAUUGGAAGCUUUAGUCAGAUCGUUUAUUUUAUCAUCCUUGGACUUCUGCAGCGGGGAAUCCGACUACAGGUGGUCAAGUAACUUCAUCUUAAUUUCUCAGGUGAUCGCAGUAGGAGUUGGUACCAUUGCCCCAGCUAUUAGAUGGUUCAAUGCUAUUAGCUUCAGAAGUAUGAAGAGCGGAGAAGGAAGGUUCAGAGAUGCGAUUAAGGUAGAGGGGUACUGGGUUCAGAGGCUGGUAGAAUGGAAAGAGAGCCCUUUACCAUUCCGCAUUAGUAGCAGGCGAUGUAGGAAAAUCGCCCAUGUCUCAAAAAAUCAAAUUAUGUAUGCCUGUAUCGGAAUGCAAACUGCAGUAGUAGUAAUCUGCAAGUUCGUUUGCCUGGCUUUUAUACUGCCAGUGAGUUGGCUUAGUAGACUCUUCUCCUGCUGCAAGCGACGUCGUCGGAAGUAUUCGGAAUCCAUCAGAUCGGAGUCAGAGAACUUGCAGGGUUUUGUGUUGCAUCUUGAAGGGGAGGAAGGCUUGGUCCAUCUGAUCAUGAAAAGUGGCCGCCAAGACACGGUGCGAUGGAUUGCGAGGGGCAGCAAACAUGAACCUACUCAUCUGAUUGAACUUCUAAAAUCAUCUUCAUCAGGAGAUUUCAACGGCGUGGCUGAGUUUGAUAGUGACCAGGUUCCGCCAAUUGGAGAGAAGCCUCCAAACUGUUGGGCUCUGCCUCUGGUUACACUCACGAGCAUUGCCAUCGCACUUCCCUACAUUGACAAAAAUAAAAUCAGAUCAUUACGGCAUGCCGUAGAUGAAGGUCUCAGGUAUGUUAGGCUUAUAGAAGAGAACCUGGAUGCCGAUGGGUUGAUUAGAAUGAGGGAGGCAGCGGAUAUUGUCUGGCUUGGCAUUGAUAUUUAUGAUCAAUGGCUUGACAAGGAUCUCCACAAAUUGGUCACUGAAGAAAAACAAGCAGAAAAGAUGAUCCAAAAACUUGCCGAUCUAGGAAAGGAAAGCGUUGAGACGUUCACAGAUGGGAGCGUCGGAGAGACAGGACACCGUGAAUGGCCUGCAAAGUUAAUCAGAAAACUCGCAGAUAUUGGAAAGGAAAUCAUUGAUGAGUUCAAAGCUGGGGGCGAGGGAGAGAAAAGUCACCGUGAAUGGCCUACAAUGGUAUUGGCGGCCAAUUCGAUGUACCGGAUUUGUGAGACUAUUCUGCAGGACCAAAAAAACAAGGUUGGGAAUCCUGACGCCUUAUUCAAAUGGUUACAGACAACCAUUGCCGACAUAUUGGGCGCUUGCCUUACCAACCUGCCACAAGUGAUAUCCAUGGAAUGCUUUUGCAACCGCAUUGAAGUGAGGGAAGAAAGAGUCAGGGAUGCAGCAUAUCUUCUCGGUGAAGCUGGAAGUAUUCUGUCAAUUUUAAGAGAGCACAAGUUCCCAGUUUUGGACCCCGAUAAGACGGCAGAUAUUGACAAAUGGCGUUCAAGCAACCAGGGAAAACCUCCAAGUCCCCCUUCUUCUGCUGAUAAUGUCUAG